AAGGGAGGAGGGAGGAGAGAGGGAGGAGGAGGGCAGAGAGAAGGAGCCCGGCCGCCAUUUUUUCCCCGAACAGAAUUUAGCAGCAGAAAAAAAACAGCAGCAGCAGCGCCACCUCUGCUGCUGCGGCUGCCCGGGCGGAGCGGGUCGGGCACGAAGGCAAAAGCGGGGGGCCCUGAAGGCGGGGUGAAGGCGGGAGCACCGCAGAGGGGUUGUGUUGCACACUGUCCCACUUUGAAGAAGAGCGAGAGAGCGAGAGACCCUCCUUUGCAGUACGAGCAGCAGCAGGAGGAGGAGGCGCCGCAACAGCCGCCACUACUGGAGGAGGAGGAGGAAGACAGGAGCGCCCUUUUUCCCCGCGCCGCCGCCGCCUCUUCUCGUCCUCCUUCUCUCCUCUCCCCCUUUUCUCCAGGGUGUGCUGGGGGUGGUUGAAAAAAGGGAAGGCGCCCUUCCCUCCCCGCCGCCCCAAAUCCCUUCCCCACAGCCCUUUUCCUGCCCGCCCGCCCUCCUUGCCCGCAGAAGAGCAAGGAGCAGGCGGGCAGGGAAAGGGGAGCCGGGAGGGGAAGGAACCGGGGGGAGAAAAGGAGGAGGAAGAGAGGAAGGAAGAAAGAAAAGAGCCGCGGCGAGGAGACGGCUACGGCAGCACCAGAGGACGGGGCUUGGCGCGUCUGCCCUUCGCCUUGUUUGCAAACUGCGCCCUUUUUAUUUUUGUGAAUUUUCCACAUUUUUUUGUACCGGGUCGGAUCCGCCCGGACUCUGCUCUCGGCUCCAUCACGUGGCUGCCCUCUGGCGAGGCAGUAGGAGGCAGCAGAGCUGGCCUCUGCAACGCGAGAGGCUGGACUUCCUGUCUUUCUGUGCUGAAUGGCUACUAUGGCGCCCGCUCUCACUGACGCAGCAGCUGAAGCUCACCACAUCAGGUUCAAACUGGCUCCCCCAUCUUCCGCCUUGUCUCCAGGCAGUGCCGAAAACAACGGCAACGCCAAUAACAUCCUUGUCGCCACGAACGGCACCAAAAGGAAAGCUGAGGAUUCUAGCCUAGAUUUCAGAAAUAACUCUGCUAAGGAAGAGCUGGGAAAAUUGCAGCCUCUGGUGGCAUCUUACCUCUGCUCGGAUGUAACCUCGGUUCCUCCGAAGGAGUCAUUAAAACUGCAAGGGGUCUUCAACAAACAAGCAGUCCUUAAAUCUCACUCUCUGUUAUCACGCCCCUUCUUGAAAAGUAGUGACCUGUUGGGGAGGCAACCUGUGUUUUCAUUGGAAAACCUAAAAACCAUGAGUACUAGUAGCCAAACAUCUUUGCCACAAGCACCAGUCAAUGGCUUGGCUAAAAAGUUGGCUAAGAGCAAUAGUUCUGAUCAUGAAAACCCAGCUUCACUUAAUGGUGGGAAGCGUGCUCCUCCUUCCAUAGCCCUUCAGGAUGUUGAUUCAAAUAACCCUGGGGAUUCUGAUGUGGGGAAUCUGAAAUCGGGUUUGACCAAUUGCACUCUUCCUCACAGAAGCCUUGACACAGAGCACACAGCUCCAGUUAGCAAUAAUGGCACUGCAAAUAAACGUAUCUCCUAUUCACCAGUGCAACAGCAGCAGCAGUAUGGGCUUGAAGGGGGUGGAGAGAACAGGUGGGUGUUAUCUGGAGUGCCUGGGAGUUCUGAUCUUGGCAGCAAUAAGCCAGUAGAAGAGCAGAAAGCUUCUCUGCCAAACAACUCGCAUAAUGCUUUGGAUUCGGAUAUGAGGACAAGGGUGCUGCUUCGGCGGCAGGCAGACAUUGAGAAUCGUGCUCGGCGGCUGCAAAAGCGCUUGCAAGUGGUGCAGGCCAAGCAGGUAGAGCGGCACAUCCAGCAGCAACUGGGUGGCUUCUUGGAGAAAACUCUCAGCAAGUUGCCAGCUUUGGACUCCCUGAGACAUCGGAGUCAGCUAAUGCUGACCCGCAAGGCAGAAGCAGCUUUGAGAAAAGCAGCAAGUGAAACAAGUACUUCAGAAGGACUGAGUAGCUUCUUAAAAAGUGGCUCCAUCUCAGAAGAAUUGGAGAGGUUUACUGCCAGUGGGAUGGCUAACCUACGGUCUUGUGAGCAAGCGUUUGAUUCAGAUGUUACAGACAGCAGCUCAGGUGGGGAGUCGGACAUUGAAGAAGAGGAACUGACCAAAGCAGACACUGAACAGCAUCAUGUACCACUGAGGCGACGGUCAGAAUGGCAGUGGGCAGCUGACAGAGCGGCUAUUGUCAGUCACUGGAACUGGCUUCAAGCACAUGUCUCAGAUCUAGAAUACCGAAUCCGGCAACAAACAGAUAUUUACAAGCAGAUUCGAGCCAACAAGGGCCUGAUACUGCUCGGGGAAGCACCUCCCUCUGACUCUGUGCUAAGUGACUCAUCGCAUACUCUUAGUGCUGAGGUUAAGCUGGAGCCAGGAACUGACAGAUUGUGCAUCCCCCAGUCGUCAGAGAACAUUUGUACAUCCAUUGGCAAUACCCAAGAACCCCUGUCUGCCAAAACCUGCGGAGUGCCGAGACCAGUCAAUGGAGUAAUUAACACGCUACAGCCCAGCUUGACAGAGCGUGCUCAGGGAGACAGUCCGGAUGCUGAGGAAUUAUUGCGUAAAAAGCAGAGACUAAAUGUGUCUUUGGCUUCUGAUGGAACCUGUGUAGCUGCCCGCACACGCCCAGUCCUCAGCUGCAAGAAGCGGCGGCUUGUUCGACCUAGCAGCUUGGUGCCACUCUCCAAAAAGAUUCAUCGCAACAGCAUGGGGCGGUGCAGCUGUGAUGUGAAUCCCUCAUGUGCUCUCUGUGGCACUCGAGGUUCAGUGCCUCCUGAAAUCCAUUAUGAAGCCCCUUUGAUGGAGCGUCUCUCGCAGUUGGAUUCCUGUAUCCACCCUGUUCUCUCAUUCCCUGACGAUGUACCAAUGAGUUUGCAUUUCCAGAGCAUGUUAAAAUCCCAGUUGCAGAACAAGUCCUGUGAGAAAAUCAAACCACCCAAAAAACUCAUGCUGAAGCACCGGCCAACCAUGCCUCCCAGCACCCUGUCUGACUCAGCACGCAAGGACCGUCACAAGUUGGUGAACACCUUCUUAGCAGCAGCCACUUGCUCGCAUCACAAAAUCGAGCCAGACAAGGCACACAGGCAAUCCUUAGACGAUCUAAGGGCUGCUCCCAAGGCCGAGAGAGCGCCAGAGCGCUCGCUUAUCCUGACGCCCGUUCAUGAGAGAAAGCGAUUGCGGGACAGCUCCUCCGAGAGAAGUGAAGUAUUGAAGCAUCAUGCAGAUAUUGGAAGCCCAAGCUAUUUGUCCAGUGCUAUGGCCUCCUCAGCCCACAGUUCCCUUGUACGGCAGUUGUCCACCUCUUCAGAAACCUCCAUUCCUUCUGCCAGCACAAGCUCACUGGGCAACUCCAUUGCAUCUCAACAGCCAAGGAGGAGGAGGGGGGAAAGCUCUUUUGACAUUAACAACAUUGUCAUCCCUAUGUCCGUUGCUGCAACCACCCGCGUAGAAAAACUGCAGUACAAGGAAAUCAUUACACCAAGCUGGCGUGUUGUGGAUAUUGGUGCUCUGAAGGUGAGCCCAGAUGAAGACAGUGAAGAGAUAGAGGAUCUGUCUGAUUCAGCCUUUGCCACCCUCCAUGCCAAGUGUGAGGAGAUGGAGCGAGCGAGGUGGCUGUGGACCACAAGCAUGCCACCUCAGCGACGAGGCAGCAGAUCUUACAGAUCAACAGACGGACGGACAACCCCACAGCUGGGGAACCCAUCAACCCCACAACCAGCGUCACCCGAUGUUGGCAACUGCUACUCCCAUUCUGACUUUUCCCAUGCCCACUCACCACGCAGUCCCAUCAGUCCUGACCUGUUCUCUGGCCCCCACACCCCUCUGUCCCGGGAUUCCGUGCGGCAUCUGUCCUCCGAAGACACACGUUGUUCCACACCAGAUUCAGCUUUUGAUGAACAGACUGUGCAGCCCUGGGAACGGCGCAGCUUCCCACUCUCCUUCAACCCCAAGACAGAGUGUGAGGACCCGUUGGAUCCCCAAGACCGGUCAUCAUCCCGAUGCACGCGGCGCACGUCUGGCAGCAAACCCUCCCGAGAAACGGACGUGGCCCCCUCCUCACCCACCCUUGCUUCCCUCAAGAGCCGGAACGCAGGGACCGUGGCCACAGUGCAGCGGCCGGCCCACAGAUAAGAGAUGGACAGGGAGAUGAGAGCAAAAAGCAAUCCACCAAACUAACUUUUGGCAUUAAAGCUUCUGAAAAUCUGCGUUUGAUAUUCAAACAUCCUGCCGGGAAUUUUUCACAGUUUUUAGUGAAUUUAAGGAGUUUAGAAACUGUUUUAUUUCCCUCCUCCCUUUCUUUCCAUGUUACCUUGUCACGCACACCUUCUCCAGUGCUGGGUGGUCGGAUGAGGAGAACAGACCUGUCUCCCCAUCCCCACGCUUUACACUCCUCAAAUAGAAGAGUGGAAAAUGGCUGGUUGGUCCUGGAAGGAGUUCUCUGGCAAAGGGGGUUUUAUUUUAUUUUACUUUCCUUUACUUUUGCUGUUCCUGUGUCUUGUUCUCCUCACCCACCACCACCACCACUGUGGCCCCUCCCCUCCCUUUAAGAUUUUAGUGGAGUAAAAUUAGUGGUGAAAAGUGAUGUCUUCUGAAUACAGCUCCUUCACUCUCUAUUCUGCUCAUGGGCCACCACUGGCACUAGAAAGCACUUGCAAUGCAACUCCCCGCCUCUUUUUCACUUGGUUCCCCAAGAGACGGCUUCCAGCUCGUCCCCUCGCAAGAGCGCCUCUUCUCCAAGUUACCUCACCUUGUGCUGCCUUCAUCCUUUCUGCUAGUCUGUUGCUGCUUUCAAGUCCCCCCCCUCCCCCUCUGUCCAUGUGUUCUUGGUUGUUCAAGGCAAGGUCAUCAGCCUUGAUGUGAUUUUUGAGAAAUCAUACUGUUGUUUAGGAUUUUAUUUUUAAUAAAUAAAUAAAUAUACAUAGCAAGUUGAGAGUGGGAGGGAAAGCUGGCAGAUGAGCGUUUCCGAAGAAGUUGUCCAUGGCAGAAAGCGUUUAAAGGCUUCCUUUGCUAGAUGUGAUUUGUGACUCUCCCUCCCCUUUACCUGCUGGUAAUUCCUAACAUUUGUGUGUUUCUUUUUAGUUUGGCAUACAUCCUGUUAGUUUGAAAGCGGGCAGUAGGUUACGUAUCUGCUGCUGCUAGAUUGCAAUACAGUAGUCUUGAGCCUUAAGUACUGGGAGGAAUGUCACAGGAGUCAACAACUUGUCGCCCCAGAUUCACAAAGCCAUAUUGUAGUGAAGAGUGUAUAAUUUCAGUAUUCUCGUUUCUUUUCUUCAGCCCUUGAUGGAAGUAUGUAGUCUAUGCAUUGUUUAAAUGGCAUCCUACGUUUUUAAGCUAUGAAGCGUGCGUUUACCCCUCAGGAAAAGAUAGAACUUUGUUUUUCACCACUACUAUGUAACUCCACUUCCACACACAACUUGGGUUUUCUUUCCUCCUUAUGAGAACUUCUUGUGCUGACUAUAUCAUCAAGCUCAGCAAGUUUGGGUUUAAUUUAAAGCAGCCGCUGCCAUCACCUCCCAUCCCGUGACUCCCAGAUUCUGCACACCGAUCCAUCUGUAAUGUUUUUCUGACCCUCGCGGUGUGGCUGUUGGUCCCUGUCCUGUUGUUAGCAUUGCGCCUGUCUUCUGUAUUAAUCACACCACCAAAAAGGAAAAAAAAGACAUUUUUUCUCAUUUUGUAAUUGUAACGAAAUAGUAGCUAAACUGCUUAAUGGUUGGGGUUUUUUCACAAUUUUCAACAUUACUUAAUGUUUUUGGUUCUGUUCUAGUUUAAUUUCUUUUAAAAAGAGGAAAAACCCAAUGCUAUCAUAUCCCUCUGCAUUAAGUGCUUUUCUAUUUAUAAGGUUGAAAAUUCUGAAUAACCCUCUUAGCGUUAUAAAGGAAAAAUCCACAAAAAAACACCUUGUAUUUUGUAAAUAUUUCUUUUCCUGCUUCAAGCUGUGUAAUGUCCUUGUUAUAUAGAAACGCUUUUCUUCAGAGAAGCUGAUCUUUGUUUAAUGUCUUGAUUCUGUUGGCCAAAGCACAAAUGUGUGCUUAUAAAAAAAGAUUAAAAAAUUAAAAAGUUAAGAAAAUGUGCUAAAUCUCAUCUGUGGAACAUAAUGGAAGAAAAAUGCUGUCUUUACAAAAUACAUCAUAUAUUUCAUCAUGUAAUAGUCGUCCUUUUUUCAUCAAAAAGGGGUUUGUGAAUAUUGGCAAGGAAAAAAACUGACUUUGAUUCUCUAGUUUCCUUACCUUACCUCCAAAUGAGGAGGAGGAGGCUGCUCCAGUCUCAAACAAACAGCUCUACUUGUUAGUCUUUUUAAACUGCAGAACCAUUUGGGGCUGAAUCCCUGUCCUUUCCUCCAUUCUUUAUUUCUCCAAAGGCAAGCCAGUUUUAAAACUUUCAACUUAAGGUGUCUGGAGCUUCACUUUUCUCUCCUUCCUCCGAGGCAAGGCAGUUUACAUUACCUAGAAUGUAGUUAUUUGGAGAAAGCAGGGAACGUAUGAGUUCCAGAGACCUCCAUUUUGAGUUUUUCAGGGGUGUGACUAUUAUGUGAGGAAAACAAGCAAAAUUUUGGCACCCAAAAAUUGAGGGUGCGACUGUUACAUGGUGGUGACUAUUAUGCGAUGAAAUAUUGUAUUAGCAAAUAUGUUGAGAAAAUAGUUGAAAAUGACAAUAAGCAAGAACUUUCAAUGUUUGAGUGACUGAUUUCUUUUAUUACUACUGUUUCGUCUUGGAAAUGGCAGUAAAAAUUUCAUACUCAAAGAUGACAUAAUUCCCCCCUGUAUGUAACAGAAUAAUAUAGUUGUGAUGAGAGUCACGUGGCACUCCAGGUGGUGGUUUGCAACUCUCGGCAUUCUUCAUUCUUGCUAGGGCUGUUGAAAUGUGCCAUUAACAACUGAGCCUGGAUGGUUAGUUUGCUGGUAGGUAUAUGGAGCAGAAUAAUAUAUGCAGAGGAUAAUAUCUGCACACCUUUUCUGUAAAAUAAGGCCUGGUUUACUGUGAUUGUGUGCCAUCCAGACUGACAUGUUUUAGCUUACUGCUACAGACCAAAUACACAAAACUGGAGCUGAGAAGCUAACUUUUUAACAGAAAUAAGGAGCCUGUUGUCUUUUAAAUAUUAACAGGUUGUAUCAUCUAGUAUUCCUUAAACACAGUGGCCAUGGUAACUAGGGUUGGUUGAGAUUCCGUAUCAACAACAUACAGGCAUGUACACACAUGCUUCUCUAAAAUAGCUGGAAUUGUGGGAUUCCAGUUCUUGUGGCUAGAAUGGCCUGACUUCUUCGCCAUGCCAGUCUCUAUCCCCUCGUUUCAACAAAGAACUCGUUAAAUAUUGUAGUAAUGCCUUUUUUAUUUCCAAAUUCACUUUUACAGCAACAGUCAGUGUAAACCAGUUGUUAAAACACACAAGUACAAUAUGGACAGUCACAGACAGGUAGCUAAGCUAGGAUGAUCAUACGGAGAUCUCGCUCCCUUCCCACCCCCACCCCGUUUCCCACCCCCUGAAAAACUUUGAAAAGGGAAUUGCAGGGUCUUCUAAACUCCAUUUUUCCCUUUUGCGUACUUCCACGUUCCAUAUAACAAAGCCCGCUAUCUUUUUUUUCCUUUUUAACUUCAAAACCAAGACUUUCAACUGUCAAGUUUAACACUUUUUCAAACCCCUAGAUAUGUAAAUUUAUAUACCAAGACAAGACAUCAGCCAGUCAGUUUGACAUGGACCUAGACUGAAACUCUCAUGGGUCUAACCAUCUGGAAAAGUGAUGCCCCUUUUGUCCUAAAAUGAGUUAUAAAGAAAAGUAAAAUCCAAGCUCAGAACAGCACCUAUGAUUUAGGGAGACAGCUACAUUUGGGUGGAGGAAAUAAUAUGAUCUAUGCUUCAAAGUGGUGGAGGAUGUGAGCAAUGAAAAAGGAUGGGGGGCAAUAGUUGUAAAGAUAAUUGCUUUGCAUUUCUUUCAUGCUGAAGAAAGCCUGUCAUUUUAUUUCGGUCUAUGCUCUAUGCAAUAACUGACAAGGGAUAAUGCAAGGGAUUUUUUUUUCAUGCCAAGCUGUAGUUGUGUGAGUUGAAUUGAGUCAUAAUGUCUAGGUUCUCGGUGGGGGAGUCUCCUGCAUUCCACAAUUUUUAUAAUGCUGGGUUUAAAAGAAAGCCAGCUAUUAUUUCUGCAUUUUAGAAUGGUAGGCAGUUUACACAUCUUUAAAUCAUUAAAGACUGAACAAUACUGAUUUUACUAACCCUUCAACCAUAUCAGUAUUUCCCGUGUACCAGUGUAAUAUUCUAUAAACUUGUGUUGUUCCUCUUUUGACUUGCUAUCCUAUCCUUUUUUUUGUCAUACCCUUUUAUUAAAAAGCAAGUUUAUUUACCUUCA